UGUUGCCCCUGUCGCGUCGUGUCCUGAAAGCUGUGUCCCUCAACGUUGCUGUGUUCACCUUGUGUUUGCCGAGAGAAGAUAUAUAUGCGAGUCGGAACUUCGUCUAUCCUAUGCUACAAUUUGACUCACACUCACGCCCUUGCAAGACAUGAGGCUACCCAUCGCACCCACCUUGGCCUCGGCCGCCGUCUUUGUCGCACGUCAACAGACUGCACCCACUGAAGCUACUGCCGGUGUCAACAAUACAAUCAUCCCCUUUGAACCAGCACCUCUUCCUCAGGCUCACUGCACAUCUCCCAUCUACUGUCCGGGCCCAUUACUUCAGGCCGUUCAACUAUCGGGCUUGUUCAACGACUCGAAAGAGUUUGUCGAUCGGGCGACACUCAAGCCAGUCGAGCAAGUGGUCGCUGCAUUUGCCGCCCUCGGCGAUGGUAGCGGCAGGAAUGUCACCUAUAGCGAGCUGCAGACAUUUGUCGAUGAGAAUUUCGCUGAAGUGGGAGGCGAACUUGUCGCGGCUGACCUGGGGGAGGAAUUCGUCCCGGACCCAAAGUUUCUGAACAACGUCACUGACGAGGUCGUCAGACUGUGGAUCACACAAGUACACAGCUACUGGCCUCUCUUGGCCAGGACCACCAACACCAGUGCCUUGAUUGAUGCCAGCCCAAGCACUAGUACCGAUGAUUCCCCAAGCCCAACUGCAUCGGAUGCCACCCCGACCAGCACUGACUCCAACAUCGCUUCGACUGGGAGUGCAAGUGUCUCAGGAAGGGCUCUCAAUGAUACGGCUGCGAGCCUUCAGGCCUCGCAGCAAGUCGCUGCAGAGACUCCGCAGAGCAACGACAGCGAUGCUCUGAUGAUGGCCACUUCCUCUUUCAUACCAUUCAAGUCGCCGCGCACCUUCGUCGUCCCGGGUCAACGCUUUCGCGAGCUUUACUACUGGGACACUUACUUUGUCAUCCUCGGGCUGCUGCGCUCCCAGCUCUCCUCGGUAGCGCUAGGCAUGCUCGAGAACUUCGCCGACCUCGUCGAACAGUUUGGAUUUAUUCCCAAUGGCAACCGCCUCUACUAUCUGAAUCGCUCCCAGCCUCCAAUGCUGACACAGAUGGUGGACGUGUACUUGAACUACACAGGAGACGCUACUAUCUUGUCGCGCUUACUGCCUCUACUCGAGCGGGAAUGGGAGUGGUGGAACAUCAAUCGAACUAUCGAGAUUACCUCACCUUACUCAAACCGGACCUACAACGUCUCGCACUACGACGUUGAUACAUCGGCACCUCGACCCGAGUCGUACUUCGUAGACUGGCAGACUGUGGAGCUCGCAGGCAAAGAGCAAGGACUUCAAUUCACUGACGAGGAGAAGGCGAGGCUGUAUGCUGAUAUUGCAAGCGCUGCAGAGAGCGGACACGACUUCAGUCUGCAGAGGUGGUCGAGGCAGCCUUCCUUCAUCGGCGAUUUGGCAGAGCCGGUCUCGGAUGUGAGCGGCACUCCCACUCGACGUCAAGAUGACUCUGCUGAUACUGAGGCCACCUCGACAGCGGACACUCCCACCACGGCGACGAUUCCUGCCGCUGUGUCUACCUCACGAGCUUUGCGAUACCUUAACACUGCCAAGCAGAUCCCUGUGGACCUGAACGCCAUUCUCUACAAAAACGAGAUGGCGCUGGCUCGUUUCCAUAACAUCACUUACCUUCCAGCCCAGUCCGGUAAUUCCUCAUCCGCUGACGCUGGCAACAGCACAAGUCCAUCACCUCUCGCUGCAAACGCCACCCUCGUCGAGCUGUGGUCCAGUCGCGCUGCCGCGCGUCGGGAAGCCAUUCUCGACCUGCACUGGAACGCUGAGCUUCUCUCUUUUGCCGACUACAACCUGACCUCUUCAUUGCGAUCGACUCGCUGGUCAGCGUCGAGCCUCUGGCCAUUCUGGGCGGGUAUCUUGCCCAAUGAAUUCACUGCAGAUAAUCAGACGAAGGAGGAGCGGGGUGCUCUGCUGCAAAGUGCCUUCGCUGGAGUGCGAUACCUUAUCGACAGGUACAAUGGCUCCCUCUCCACUACUCUGGCAGCUACGAACCAGCAGUGGGACUUUCCAAACGUCUGGGCUCCCCACACUCAAAUUGCCAUCGACGCCCUGCGAGCACUCCCUCAGGACCUUGUUCGAGCAGGUGGAGUAGCCAAGCCCGCUCCCAAUGGUACCUUCGAGCUCAUACCCGCUGCCAGCGUACGAGAAGAUAACGUCACGGAUGCAGAGCCUACGCGUCUCACUCAGCUCGGCGUCUCGUCGGCUGACCAGCUUCCACUGCAGCCUCUCGCCUCGAAUCUCAACGCUUCUUCCCACUCAGACGAAGCCUUAAUCGGUCAGACUUCCCCUGAUUCGGGUCUGCAGUACGUCGGCGUUGCACCCUCAAACGUCGGCAACGCCUCGAGCGACACAGAGCUAUGGACCGACACGCUCAUCCGCUCUCUUGCCAACCGGUUCGUGGCUUCAUCGCUCUGCUCCUGGUAUGCAACGGGUGGACAGCUCAACCUGAGCACCCAGGCGGGUCGCGAUCGCUGGCCUCCUCAGCCUGUCCCCGCAGGCACAUCAGACACUGGUACGACGGCAGCUGCCUCCCCUGGACAAAUGUUCGAAAAGUACUCGCAGACGAGUAUUGCGGCUGCAGGUGCCGGAGGCGAGUAUCAGGUGCAGGUGGGCUUUGGAUGGACGAAUGGAGUAUCGAUUUAUUUGAGUGCAGAGUACGGCGAUAUCCUGCAGGAGCCAGUCUGCGCAUAGUAAAUCGUCCCCGGCACCUCUUUCAAAAUUCCUUCGUGCGAGCUUGUGGGUAUCAUACAAAACUUCUCUUAUGACUGUAAUGAAUAAUACGACCAUAUCACUAGCUCGCUCGGUCUGCCAUCAUAUCAACUGCAGCGUACCGCCAUUCUAGCGGAUCAAAUCUCGCUAUUCCUCCUCGUCUCUGUUUUGUCGUGCUUGGUAGGAAUCCUCUGGUGAUGUAUGACCCACGUUGCGUUCGAAGGCACAGAUUACAGAAAGGUAACAUCAAUCCCAUUCUCUCUGUCCCUCCCCGUGCAAAGUCCUCACUCAUCAGCCUUGCGGUAACCAAACGAGACUCUCCUGCCCAGUGC